CCUGCACAGCCGGAAAGCGGGGCGGGAGGAAGUGAUUGCGUUUUCCUCUUAGGCGGCGCCAUUUUGUGCUCAGAGCCGCUACAGCCGCUGUCGGUGUGGGGAGUAGGUGCCGGAGACGGGGAACUCGGGAUGGCGGAGACCCUGGCAGGCUCUGGCGACUCGGGUUCUGGCACGGCCGCGGUUGGUCCGGGCGCCUCGGAGGCGGGGACGCGGCGGCUCAGCGAACUGCGGGUGAUCGACCUGCGGGCGGAGCUGAAGAAGCGAAACCUGGACACGGGCGGCAACAAGAGCGUCCUGAUGGAGCGACUCAAGAAGGCAGUUAAAGAAGAAGGGCAGGAUCCUGAUGAAAUUGGCAUCACAUUGGAAGCCACGAACAGGAAGACGGCAAAGAGAUGUGUUAAAGGACAGAAGAUAGAGGAAGAAGGCACAGAAGAUAAUGGCCUAGAAGAGGAUUCCCGAGACGGGCAGGAGGAUGUGGAAGCAAGUUUGGAGAGCUUGCAGAAUAUUGACAUGAUGGAUGUUAGUGUGUUAGAAGAAGCUGAAGUCGAGAACAGCAGUGCCCCAGACUUUGGGGAUGAUGGCACAGACAGCAUCCUCGAUUCCCUUUGUGAUAGCAAAGAGUAUGUGGCUGCACAGCUGAGUGAGCUUCCAGCUCAGCUCACAGAACAUGCUGUAGACGGGGAAGGCUUGGAGAGCACUUUGGAUGCUUCAUCGUUGGACUUCAAAGUACCUUCGGAUAUUGAAGAACCACUCUUGGAGCCAGAAAAUGAGAAAAUACUCGACAUUUUGGGGGAAACUUGUAAAUCUGAGCCAGUAAAAGAAGAAGGUUCCGAGCUGGAGCAGCCAUUUGCACAGGAUACAAGUAGCGUGGGGCCAGACAGAAAGCUUGCGGAGGAAGAGGACCUUUUUGGCAGCGGCCACCCGGAGGAGGGUGAUUUAGAUUUGGCCAGCGAGUCAACAGCACAAGCUCAGUGGAGCGAGGCAGACACCCUGUUAGCGGUAGUGAAAAGGGAGCCCGUGGAGCAGACAGGCGGUGACGAGAGGAUGGACUGUGAGCCUGUAGGGCUAGAGGAGCCAGUUGAGCAGAGUAGUAAAGCCUCAGAGCGCGCAGAAGCCUCUAGCGAGGAGGUCGCAGAAGCGCCCCAGGAAGCCUCAAGCCCAGACCCCAGAGAUAGCAAAGAAGACGUGAAGAAGUUUGCUUUUGAAGCUUGUAAUGAAGUCCCUCCGGCUCCUAAAGAGUCCUCAGCCAGUGAGGGCGCUGAUCAGAAAAUGAGUUCUUUUAAGGAAGAAAAAGAUAUAAAGCCAGUCAUUAAAGAUGAAAAAGGUCGUAUCAGCAGCAGUUCUGGUAGGAAUUUGUGGGUCAGUGGACUGUCCUCCACAACUCGAGCAACAGAUCUGAAGAACCUUUUCAGCAAGUAUGGAAAGGUUGUUGGCGCCAAAGUGGUGACCAAUGCCCGCAGUCCUGGGGCUCGUUGCUAUGGCUUUGUCACCAUGUCGACAUCUGAUGAGGCUACGAAAUGUAUCAACCAUCUCCACAGAACUGAGCUUCAUGGAAGAAUGAUCUCCGUAGAGAAGGCCAAAAACGAACCUGCUGGGAAAAAGCUGUCCGACAAAAAGGAGUGUGAAGUGAAGAAGGAAAAAGUAUCUAGUGUUGACAGACAUCAUCCUGUGGAGAUCAAAAUUGAAAAAACUGUAAUUAAGAAGGAAGAGAAGAUGGAGAAAAAGGAGGGGAAAAGGCCGGAAGACAUUAAGAAGGAAGAAAAAGACGAAGACGAGCUAAAACCAGGAACUACAAAUCGGUCCAGAGUCACCAAAUCAGGAAGCAGAGGAAUGGAACGGACAGUAGUAAUGGAUAAAUCAAAAGGAGAGCCUGUCAUUAGCGUGAAAACCACAAGCAGGUCAAAAGAAAGAAGCUCCAAGAGUCAGGAUCGAAAAUCAGAAAGCAAAGAGAAGAGAGACAUCUUGUCGUUUGACAAAAUCAAAGAGCAAAGGGAGCGAGAGCGCCAGAGGCAGUGGGAGCGGGAAAUCCGGGAGUCGGAGAGGCGGCGAGAGCGCGAGCAGCAGCAACGCCUGGAGGCCUGGAAGGAGAAGGCACGGCUGCACCGCCUGGAGGCCUGGAAGGAGAAGGCACGGCUGCACCGGGAGCGCCUGGAGCUUGAGUGCCAGCGUCACCUCCUGGAGUGGGAGCGCAUGGAGCGGGAACGGCUGGAACGAGAGCGUAUGCGAGUGGAGCGUGAGCGCAGGAAGGAGCAGGAGUGCAUUCAACGUGAGCGCGAGGAGCUGCGGCGUCAGCAGGAGCAACUGCGCUAUGAGCAGCGGCAGGGGCUCCGGAGGCCCCAUGAUGAUGGGAGGCGAGAUGAUGCCUAUUGGCCAGAAGGAAAACGUGUGGCCCUGGAGGACAGGUACCACCCAGACUUCCCUCGGUACGAUCACCGCUUCCACGACUUUGACCAUCGAAACCGAGGCCAGUACCAGGACCAUGCGGUCGACAGGAGGGAGGGCUCAAGGACAGUGAUGGGAGAGCGAGACGGACAGCACUACUCAGAUGACCGCCAUGGCCAUGGAGGACCACCAGAGCGCCAUGGCCGGGACUCUCGGGAUGGCUGGGGGGGCUACGGCUCAGACAAGAGAAUGACUGAGGGCCGGGGGCCACCACCUCCACCCAGGUUGCCUGCAUCACCCCAGUUAUGAACAUCUGUAUCACAAGGCCCCUGCCUGCUGAAGGAGACAUCCCUGAAGCCUUUCUUAGAUUUGUCCCCCUAGACCAGCGGUUCUCAACCUGGGGGUCGAACGACCCUUUCACAGGGGUCGCCUAAGACCAUCGGAAAACACAUAUAUAAUUACAUAUUGUUUUUGUGAUUAAUCACUAUGCUUUAAUUGUGUUCGAUUUGUAACAAUGAAAUUGGGGGUCACCACAACAUGAGGAACUGUAUUAAAGGGUCGCGGCAUUAGGAAGGUUGAGAACCACUGCCCUAGACAGUAGAGAAGCUUUACUCCCCCACAUCUACACACACACACCCCAAAGUUGUCUUUAGGAAUUUUGAAGGCCAGCAUCUUGGAUACCAGAAGGUUCUACUUUAUCUCUCGUGGGGUUUCAGGUGUUCAGUCUGAUAGAUUAAUGGAAAGUGUGCUCCCCGAGUGACCUACUUAGCACUCCGUCUUUAACAUUUAAACCAUUUUCCUUAAAUUGCUGUGGGAAAAACAAAUGAGAGAACUCUCUUUCUCAGACUGGAGAUAGCCCUGAACAGCAUCACUGCAUGAUUGGGCACUGUCACCUGUAGGCAGAUAUUGGAAACUUUCGGGUCUCUUUGGGGAGCAGUUUUGCAUUUGCCCUCCUAGACGUGUUGGGGGCUCUGGUGGAUUCCUAGUCCUUGCCUCUGAGCACUGGUCAGCCCGGUGGCCAGUACACUUGUCAUUCUAGACUCAGCCUUGGUCUUAUCAUUCCUGGACAGUCAUGAUGACUGCUGGGACCAUAUUUGGAUUUUAAUCUCCCAGAAUUUCUGCCUGAAACAGUUUUUUUAAAAAUAUGUUUUUAUUGAUUUUAGAGAGAGGGGCAGGGAAAGGGAUAGAAAGAGAGAAACACAGAUUGGCUUUCUCCUACACGAUCCCUACUGGGGAUUGAGCCCACAACCUGGGCAUGUGACCUGACUGGGAAUCAACCGGUGACCUCUUGGUACAUUGGUUGACACUCAAACCACUGAGCCACACCAGCCAGCCUCUUUUUCAAACAGCUUUUUUGAGACAUAGUUCACAUGCCGUAUAGUUCACCCAUUUAAGGUGUACAAUUCGCCGUAGCAGGUUUGGCUUAGUGGAUAGAGCAUCGGCCUGUGGACCAAAGGGUUCCGGGUUUGAUUCCCGUCAAGGGCACGUACUGGUUGCAGACUCCUCCCCGGC